GCAAUAGGAUUUUGGAUGUGACUCUUUGCAAUAAGUUUGUGUGAUAGAAUUUGCCUAAAUUUAAGGUGUUAACCUCUCGAUUAUUUGCGUCUGGAUGGCUAAACGUGGACGUGCGAGAGGUGUUCCUCAUGAGGCAAGACCUGUUGCUCCGGGUGGUCGAGGUGUCCAUGUUGUUCCAGGAACUCCUCCACAUGUUCCUAAUGGUCCUCAAUUUCCACCACCUCCUCCACCGAAUGUUGUUCCGAUGGAGGAUAUGCGACAAAUGCUUCAGUCUAUGAGUCAGAUGUUUGCUCAAAAUGCGGCCAUCCAACAGACUUUGUUGCAGCAGCUACCUCAGGCAGCUGUUCCACAGCCGGCUCAGCAGGCAAAUCCUCAGCCUGACUAUUGGGUGUUGCAGGAUUGGUUCAAGAAAGAAGUCGGCUUGCAGAAGUUUGAAGGUUCCUCUGACCCUAUGGAAGCAGAGAAAUGGCUUGAUCUUGUUAAGGAGGCGCUGGGAUAUUUGGGAGUUCCAGAGGUUUUUAAGUUACGAAUGGUUACUCACCAACUUGCUGGAGAUGCUCAACAUUGGUGGAGAAGCAUUGUUACUUCCCGUCCUGAUAUGGAGCUGACUUGGGAUGAUUUUCAGAGGGCAUUUGUGGAGUUGUACUUUCCAGAGUCUGUCAGAUCAAACUUACGGAUGAGGUUUGAAGAGCUGAAGCAGAAAGAUAAGACCAUGAGAGAAUAUCAAGCUGAGUUUGAUCGUUUAUCUCGUUAUGGCUCUCAUAUCAUCCCCGAUGAUCGCUCAAGAGCUAGACGAUUUGAGCAUGGGCUUCGAGAUUCCAUCAGAGUUGUGGUGGAACCACAGAGAUUACCUACAUAUGCUGGAGUUUUAGAGUAUACUCUCAUUGUGGAGGGAAACGAGAAAAAGACACAAACAUAUGUUGGGAGUGGCUCGAAGAUGACGCAAGAGGAGAAUGAAGAUAUGAGCAAAGGGGCAAGCCCCACCGGUCACAAGGCUCGUGACCGGUACCUAUCGCCACUCAAGAUGAUACGAAGAAUGCUAGUCGACGAGCAAUCUUUGAGGAUUGAUGAGGUAAAGAGAGAAGAUGAGAAGGAUAGUUACAGGGAUGCUUCAAAGAGAGAAGCGGAGAAACAAGAAAAAGACAAGUGGGUAGAAGAGAAGAGAGGAUAUAAACUUCAAGAGUUCAUGGGAGACUCAUAUGAGCCAAAAGUAGAAGUAAGAAGAAUGUCAAGAGGAAGUGAAGAAGGGAAGGACAAUGGAAUCACCACGAGUAAAGGCAUGUGACCCAUGACCGUGAGAAACUUGCCUU